GGCUUUUGUUGAUCCAUGUCAAUUUCUUUAACAUGUUAUUGAAUGCUUAUUAAUGCCAGUAUUUUCCUAGAUAAAUUUUAAAAAAUGCAACAAUAGUUUGAUAAUAAAAAGAGUUAGAUCAGAAAUGAAUAGCAUCAUUUGUUUUGUGGUACCUCUUUUACAAUAUUGUAUACUGUACUUGGUGUAAAUCCAGCAUUAUCGUCUGUACUAAAAGGCUUAGAUAAUAUGAAAUCAAGCAUAAAAUAUGAUCUGACUUGCUUAGCAUGUCAAGUGAGUCAGAGUCAGUCUAAUCCCAUGUAAUCUUUUAAAAUGUGUUUUCAAGCAAUCAUGGAUUUCCUUUUGAAAAUACCAAAUUUAUUUUCAUGUUUUUCAGAUUGAAUCCCAGAAACAACAAAAAAAAAACAUGAUGGUGCAGUUUGUUUGUUUUUGAACCAUUCCUAAAUGAAUGAUCUUCAUCCUUACUGGUAAAAAAAAAAGCUAAUAUGAAAUUGAAGUUCUUUGCUGGAGAAUUGCCUUUUGUGGCGGGAACUGUGCAGAGCAGAAACCUGAAAUCAUCUUCGUGGAUGAAGAUUAUGUAUGAUGAGGGGUAAAAUAACAAUAGAUGUUAAAAGUUAAAUCCAUGCAAACAACAUAACUAUUUGGCAGCUGGGACGGUUUAUUCCUGUCACUUCUGAAGGCUUUCAACAUUUCUUACCGAAAUACCCUACAUGGAUGUUUACAACGAUCCGAGCUUCAAGGCCAGGAUGCCACUAAGCAACUGUAGAAACACACGUUACCAAGAGGUGGUUUGCUUUGCAGUAUUUUGCAGAAUUGUUACACUCCUGCUUCAGGCCCUUUUCAAUUUCCUGAUUCCCGAUCAUGCUGCAGACGCCUUCUCUCCUCCCCGCCUCUCUGACCCCGGGUUCUUGGACCAGCUGCUGGAAUGGUUCCUGGGAGGCCUCUCCCGUUGGGAUGCAGAGCACUUCCUGUUCAUAGCCGAGCAUGGCUACGUGUAUGAGCACAACUGUGCCUUCUUCCCCCUGUUCCCCCUGGCCCUAAAAGCAGUCGCAAGCCUGAUCUUCUGGCCUCUCCAAGGCUUUCUCAGCUUCCGGAGCUGCCUGCUCCUCUCUGCAGUUCUCCUCAAUGCUGUUUUUUCUGUUUUAGCCUCUGGGACUCUCUAUGAGCUCAGCUUGGCAGUCCUGCAGUGCCGAAGGAGGGCUUUUCUGUCGGCCGUCCUCUUCUGCCUCACUCCAGCUAACGUCUUUAUGGCGGCUGCUUACUCGGAAAGCCUGUUUGCCUUCCUGGUGUUUGCUGCUUUGUGGAGGCUAGAGAAAGGGCAUCCUUGGCUUAGCCUCCUCCUCUUUUCGUUAGCCACCGGAGUACGUUCCAACGGGCUAAUUAACGCAGGAUUUCUCAUCUAUUCCCAGACAAAACUCUUCGCUUUCAGCUUUCAAGCAAGUGAAAGCGUGUUGCAAAAGAAAGGCCAGUUUCUAAAACUGGCUGCUGCUUUGGUGCUGAUGUCGGCCUCCGUGGCUCUGCCUUUUGCUUUGUUUCAAUGCUACGCCUACCUUAAGUUCUGCCGUCCCAACAUUGGCCUGGGAUACGCCAUUCCGAAGCCGCUGUUGCAGUUGGCUGAAUCCAAGGGCUAUCGUGUUGCAGCUUCAGAGGGCGGGAUGCCCCCGUGGUGCUCCUGGAACUUUCCCGUGCUUUACACUUAUAUACAAGACACCUACUGGAAUGUCGGCUUCCUCCGGUACUUUGAACUCAAACAGAUCCCAAACUUUCUACUAGCUUCUCCCGCUAUUGUGUUGGGCUCUUGGGCGAGCUGGUGGUAUGUCACCGCCAAUCCCUGGCACUGUCUAACGCUUGGCCUGGUGAGAAGGAAGAGCGCAGGCAUGCAAGACCAUGACUCACACAAGCCAGCAGAGGGUUUUGGUUCUCCUGCUGUAUUCGUCUACGUUGUCCACGCAGCAGCUCUGUUGGUGUUUGGGACCUUUUUCAUGCACGUCCAGGUAUUUACCAGGUUUUUGGGUUCUUCUUCUCCAGUCCUUUAUUGGUUCUGUGCUCAUCUGCUCUAUGACACUGAGCCUUUGCUGCAGGAUGGAGCCUCCCCAUCCAAGCACAGAAAAUCCUUUGCUGAAAAACUCUCAGUGGAUAAUUUCUUUUCUACCUGCUGUAGACAUGAAAACCCUGUAUGGAUGCUUCUGAGCAGAUGGAAACAGAGCAGGAUUCUCACAAAAUGUAUUUUGGGAUAUGUACUUUCCUACUGGCUACUGGGGUUGGUCCUUCACUGUAAUUUCUUUCCUUGGACGUAACCAUUUUGAACCUAUGUAUACAGUAUGUAUGUAUGUAUGUAUGUAUGUAUGUAUGUAUGUAUGUAUGUAUGUAUGUAUGUAUGUAUGUAUAUUUACUGUUUACUGCCACAUUCAGAUAAAUCAAUUCUGCGCCUUCAAUUGUUAACAGUAAACGUUUACUGUUAACAAUUGAAGGC